CUCUGCAUUGCGCAUAUUAAGUCGAGGUGGACAACGAAGAAGACUGCGGCCGCACGACCCUUUGCGGCCGCACCCUGGUUUCCACCGCACCCAGAACCGGGAUGCUCGUUCAUCAGCCCAAUAUGAUGGUGCAGCUGCACGACAUUCGCAUUAAACCGCCUCGCCACGACAUGCCUGCGUGCCAUAUGGCUUUCUGAGCUCCAUUGACAGACACCCGCUCUCAAGGCCCGAGACGGAAUCCACACCCACACCGUGCUGAGGUGAGGCCGCACUUGGAUCGGCUGCGGAAGCCGGUGUCUGGAUGGAGGACGGAUGUGGUCGUACAGCGUCAACUAAGCACUAGCCUGCCACAUUUAAUAUAAUGAGUCCAACAAAGCGGGAAAAGCAAGUUUCCAAUUUCGUGUCUCGGGACAGUUCCAACUUGCAAGCAUAUAUAUUUUCAUAUUUUCAGAUAUAGCUAUGAUCGAUUUUACGCUUUCGGAAAGUCAAAAUGCUAUACGCGCCAAAGCAGCAGCUUUUUCUUCGAGUGUCUUAGCUACGGCUGCUGCAAAAUAUGAAAAACAUCCGACACAAAUUGAACGAUUUCGCGCCUUACGACCAUUCUAUCGACAAGCCGUCGAAGCGGGAUUGGUUCGAGGUUUGAUACCCAAGGCCUUCGGAGGGGAUGCAGGAACGGUCGUUGAAGCAGCGCUGCUUGUUGAGGAGAUGUGCAAGUAUGAUCGAAGCUUGUCUUUAUCGAUAUUCAGUACUGGAUUAGGACUUUCAUCCCUGUUGAUUGCUGGAACUCCAGAGCAAAAAGAGGAGUUGUUGAAGCCUUUCCUCAGUGGUGAGGGAGAGCCGUUGGCAAGUCUGCUUCAUACGGAGCCUGAAGGUAUUGCAAACUGGUUGGAGAAAGGCGGGAAGGGUUUGCAAACGGUGGCCCGAAAAGAUGGUGACGACUGGGUAAUAAAUGGCGAAAAGAUCUGGGCAACGAAUUGCUGUGGUUGGGACGACCGUGGAGCCGAUGUCCAGUGUGUUGUAUGCCGAUAUUCUCAAGAUGGCCAAAGCCAAGCCGCCGAAGCCAAUCCAGCAGAAGCCACGAUGAUACUACUCGUGACUCGUGAUCUCAUUGCGAGCAACGAUCUAGGUGCGUAUCAAAUUCUCAAGCAUAUUGAGAGUACAGGCCACACAUCAACUGCUGGACCACACGUCAAGUUUACCAACUUCCGCGUACCAGGCCAUAGGCUUCUUGCGGCACCAGGCCAGGCUGCAGCUGUGAUCACGAGAGCUUUCACGUCUUCUGGGGCGCUCGUUGGAGCAAUGUCGACGGGAAUAAUGGCUGCAACGUUUGAGGCGGCUCUAGAUUUCGCCAAGAAAGACUCUCGAGGUGGAGCGCAGGCCCUCAUAACCAGACCGACCGUGUCAGAUCUUUUGAUGGAUAUAAAGAUGCGUACGGAUGCUGCAAGAUUCCUGACAUGGAAGGCUGCAAGUGCCUUGGAUAACGGCAAAGGUGGCGAGUUGGCAUUGGAAGCCAAAUUAUUUUGCUCUGAUCUUGCUGUCAAGGUGGUUGUUGAUGCGAUGACAAUCGUGGGAGUGACUUCGUACAACAAGGACAGUCCUUUCCCAAAACUAUUGAACGAUGCAAUGUGUCUACCGCUAACAGGAGGUGGCAACAUCGGUGUGAGAAGAAGACAGCUUGAGCAGCUAUUCAUGGCAGAUGGAUAUCGACCAUGGGCUUCAACAUACGAUUAAUCGCUCUCGGUAGCAAGAAUGUUGCAGUUUCAGCAAUUAUUCGUUUGUGACUUCCAUCUUCAAUCGUUUGUGGAAGGCUCCUUCGAGAUUGUUAUCGUUGUUUCGAGAUCGACGUUCGAGUUCGUUCGACAUUUCAUCUGCGAUCACUUCGAGAUAGUAUUCUGAUGUUGUCAGCAGGGUGCAUAACCACGAUCAUUCCAUGACUUACUGCCAACAUUCCACCUUUUGCCAAAAUGGCCAAGUGUACUUUUCAAGCUCUCCAUAUUUGAGG